AUGUUUGGCAACACUGGCGUGUUUCCACUAGCCUUGCAGUGGCAUCUCUCGCGGGGGAAGCACUUGGCGAUAUUUGAACUCUCCGGGUUAUAUACUCUCACAAAUACGAAGAAAAGGAAGCAUCAAUUGAAAGACCUGCUACUGGAAUGCGCGAGGUUCAAGCUGAGACUUGAGCGUCAAGCAUCUGUAUACUUUUUCCGUUGGAGCUGCCCGGGAACACCUUUCCUCGAAGAACGAAUGCGGAGUUUGACCGAGGUAUCCUCUACUGAAACGACUGUCUCGCAACGUAUAUGGCCGAUGCACUGCAAGGGAAUCUCCGAUAAUUGGAUCACUGUGGAGAAGGAAGUCGUCCAACCAAUCGAGCCGGAUCCUUGCGACUGUCACCGAAACUGA